GAGCCUGGGCCUAGAAGGGGGAGCGAUGGAGAAAUACGAGCGGAUCCGGGUGGUGGGGAGAGGGGCCUUCGGCAUCGUGCACCUGUGUCUGCGCAAGGCCGACCAGAAGCUGGUCAUCCUGAAGCAGAUCCCCGUGGAGCAGAUGAGCAAGGAUGAGCGGCUGGCGGCGCAGAACGAGUGCCAGGUCCUCAAGCUGCUCAGCCACCCCAACGUCAUCGAGUACUAUGAGAACUUCCUGGAGGACAAGGCUCUCAUGAUUGCUAUGGAGUAUGCUCCAGAAAAGCUUCCGUGGGUCCUGCUGGGCACCAAGUUGGCCAUGAACCAAGUGGCUGAGCAUUGGCGCAGGGGCCUCUCAGUGCCACGUGGCCUCUCGGACUGCAAGAAUUCUCUUCUGCAGAACAGGCUUAUCUUGUUCUGCCAUCAAGGAGGCACGCUGGCAGAGUUUAUUCAUAAACGCUGUAACUCCUUGUUGGAUGAGGACACCAUCCUACACUUCUUCGUGCAGAUCCUCCUGGCUCUUCACCACGUGCACACCAAGCAGAUCCUGCACCGUGACCUGAAGACUCAGAACAUCCUCUUGGACAAGCAUCGCAUGAUUGUCAAGAUUGGAGACUUUGGCAUUUCCAAAAUCUUGAGCAGCAAGAGUAAAGCCUACACGGUUGUGGGAACUCCAUGCUACAUCUCCCCAGAGCUCUGUGAAGGGAAGCCUUACAACCAGAAGAGUGAUAUCUGGGCUUUGGGCUGUGUGCUCUAUGAACUUACCAGCCUCAAGAGGGCUUUUGAAGCUGCGAAUCUUCCUGCCUUAGUAUUGAAGAUCAUGAGCGGGACGUUUGCCCCAAUAUCGGAUAGAUACAGCCCUGACCUGCGCCAGCUCAUCCUUAGUAUGCUCAACCUGGAUCCUUCCAAGCGGCCUCAGCUGAAUGAGAUUAUGGCCCAGUCCAUCUGCAUUCGCCCCCUUCUGAACCUCUACACCGAUGUAGGAAGCGUUAAAAUGAGAAGGCCUGAAAAGCCCUUGGCUCCAGUGCAAACAGUGACACACAGCCGGACGGGGGGACGAGUGAGCAGUGCCAGGCCCAGGGGUGUUCGAGGUGGCUCAGCCAGGACAGGCAUCCCUCCUCCCCUGUCGUCCAUCUACACGUGGGGCAGUGGGAUCACCACCCCGCUCCGUCUGCCCAUGCUGAACACCGAAGUGGUGCAGGUGUCUGCUGGCAGGACACAGAAGGCUGGGGUCACCAAAUCGGGGAGGCUUAUCAUGUGGGAGGCUCCCCCGAUGGGUGCUGCAGGAGGCCCUUCUCUGCCAGGAGCCACUGAGCAGCUGCAGCCUCAGUUUGUAUCCCGCUUUCUGGAGGGCCAGUCUGGUGUGACCAUCAAACACGUGUCCUGCGGGGAUCUCUUCACUGCCUGCCUCACAGACAGGGGGAUCAUCAUGACUUUUGGCAGUGGCAGUAAUGGCUGUUUAGGGCACGGAAACUUCACGGAUGUCAGCCAGCCCAAGAUUGUGGAGGCCCUGCUGGGCUACGAGAUGGUGCAGGUGGCCUGUGGUGCAUCUCACGUCCUGGCAGUUUCCAAUGAACGGGAGGUGUUUGCCUGGGGCAGAGGGGAUAAUGGUCGGCUUGGGCUGGGCACCCUGGAGUGCCAUAACUCCCCCCAGCAGGUAGCAGUCCCAGCAGAGCAUGAGGCACAGAGGGUGAUCUGCGGCAUCGACUCCUCCAUGGUCCUCACAGUGAAGAACCAGAUUCUUGCUUGUGGGAGCAACAGGUGUAACAAGCUGGGCCUAGAUCGGAUCAGCUCAGCAGAGGAACCUUCCCCAGAGGAGCAGGUAGAGGAGGCCACCGUGUUCAUGUGUGCCCAGUCAGCCCCCUUGAACCAAGAGCCAAUUGUGUGUGCUGAUAUCGGUACAGCACACUCAGCUGCAGUCACAGCUUCUGGCCACUGUUACACCUUUGGGAGCAACCAACACGGGCAGCUGGGCACCAACUCCUGCCGCAACAGUCGUGUGCCCCACCUGGUUGUGGGGCUCCAGGCCAUGAAGGUUGCUGUGGUAGCUUGUGGGGAUGCCUUCACUGUGGCUAUUGGAGCAGAUGGUGAGGUGUGCACCUGGGGGAAAGGAGCCAGGGGACGCUUGGGCAGGAAGGAUGAGGAGACAGGAACGCCACGGCCUGUGCAGCUGGAGGAGACACAUCCAUACGUGGUGACCUCUGUAGCCUGCUGCCAUGGGAACACGCUGCUGGCUGUAAAGCCUGCCGUGGAAGAGUCACCACCUCAGUGAGAGGGAUGGCAUCCAGCCUUGCCAUACAGCUGCAGGCUCCUGUUGCUGCACCUACUCCCCAGAUUCUGCUGCACAACUGGGAGCUCUCAGCUCUCGUGGGUCAGUGAGGUUUGCUGUGGCCCUGAAGUGCCUGUGUUCGGUGGGUCUCUGGGCUGUUGGAAGGUGCAGAAGGGCUCUCCUCUGCCGCUGGUGAUGAGCACAGAGGUUGUUUUUCCCCGUGGAAACUCUCUGGUUACAAAGCCCAGGCUGACAGCUCGCUGUCUGAGAGAGCUGUCAGCCUUUGCAGCAGUGUCUGGAGUUACAGCCCCAGGCGCUGUGCUGGGUGACUAAGAGCAAACCUCUUUUCUAAUUAGACAAACCAGUCCUUUCCCAUCCCCCUUGCAAGCAUUUUGCCCAUUUGUUGAGCUGUUCAUCACUCUUCCAAGGGUCCUGCCCUGCACGGCUGGCCUAACACCAGGCGAGCAGCCUCUCCUUGUGCAGCACGGCUGCUCCCCCAGUGCUGCCUGAGGCUCUCCAAUUACAGCCUCCUGCAGCCCCAGGAGCCCAGCUGAGCAUCCUCCAGCUGAUGUUUGUCCUCAGGCCCCUUAAAUCCUGCUGCUGCCUGGCUCCAGGCCCAGCGAGUUCGAGGCAGCAAAACGCAGCGAGCGCUUGUCUCUAAUUGAAGUUUUUGAACCCAGAUCUCAACAGGGAGAUGAUGAGUUUCCACCAGGGAUCCUCUCUGCAGGCAGGAGGGGGCAUAUCACUGUACCACAGCCAGGAGUUACCUUUUUUUAAUCACCAGAAGGGUCGUUUCCUUUCUUGCUUUUAUUCCCCCCCCUUUACUGUGUAUAUAUUUUUUAACAUCUGCCCCGGGCCAUUUUCUGAUGAGUUUCUGUCUCUGAUCUGACAUUGCCUUUCACAUCCAUCUUUGUGCCGCUGCCAAUCCGUUGUGUAUAAAGUCAGUGCUUUCAUAAGCUGGCUGAGA